AAAUCAAAUAAAUAAUGAUUAAACCUUUUUUUUUCGAAUAAAACUAGUCAAAAAUGAAUGAAGUACAAACAGAAAUUAAAAUUAAAGACGAAAUAAUAGAAUCGGAUUCGAAUUUUCAUCAAGAAGUAAUUUUUUUAGAAGAAAAACAAAGUGAUGAAUUUUAUUUCGAAGGCAGCAUAAAUUAUCCAGUGGAUGGAGUAUUUAAAUGCAAAUUUUGUGAUCAAACUUAUUCUAGACGUGGCGAUUUAUUAAUUCAUUCGAGAACCCAUAAAGCCGAACGCCCUUAUAAAUGUAAUGUGUGUAACGAGACAUUUUUAAAAAAAUCCACGUUAAUAGAUCACCAUCGAAUUCACACCGGUGAAAAACCAUUUACAUGUGAUUUUUGUGAGCGAUCAUUUAACCAAAAAUCAAAUUUAAAAAAACAUGAAAAAGUUCAUACGGGGGAGAGGCCAUUCAAAUGUAAUUUAUGCAAUAAAGAAUUCACACGAAAAGCAAUUUUGCAGCAACACAAUGUGAUUCAUACCGGUGAAAAACCGUAUAAGUGUAGUGUUUGUGAUAGACGAUGUUCCCAAAAAUCAGAUUUAAAAAAACACGAGCGGCUUCACACGGGCGAAAAACCAUAUAAAUGUUGUUUAUGCGAUCAAGUAUUUCAACGUAGCAAAGAAUUACGUCGCCAUGAAAUCAUUGUACAUACUGGUGUGAAAUUAUUUCAGUGUAUUUUAUGUGAUAAAAGUUUUUGGGAGCAGUACGAGUUAAACAAACAUGAAAGAGUUUAUCAUCCAAGUAUGAGUGAUACACCUCAUUCAACAUUUUCUAUUGGAAAAAUUCAGAACAACAACCCAACUAAAAAUGCUCCAACGUUUUCUUUUGCAGAAGUUCAAAAUGCCACCAUAAAUGAAAUAUCUCAAUCAUGUUCUAUUACAAAUCAGAACGCCAAUAUAAUUGAAACAUCUCAAAUAUUUUCUAUUGAUCAAGUUCAUAUAAAAACUGAACCAUCAGAAAUAUCUUCUAGUGAAAAAGUUCCUAAUAUAAAUAAAAAUGAAUCGUUUCAAACAUUUCCUAAAAGAAAAUUUCGCCACGUAAAAAUUGAACCAUCGCAAACAUUUUCUAUUGAAAAUAUGCAUCUCACAAAUAUAACUGAACCAUUUCAAGGAUUUCCUCUUGAAAACUAUAUCAAAAAAAUUACCAAUUUGCAUACCAAAAAUAAAAUUAAAUACGAAAUGGGUGAAUCAAAACCAAAUUUCAAGCAAGAAGUAAUUUUUUUACCUGAAGAUGAAACUGAAAUGUUUUUUACCGAAGAAAAUUCGGACCCUUUUCACAACAUAUCAGAAGAUAGUUUAGAAACAUCUUCCGAUAUGCAAAAAUGGGAUGGAUACAAGUGUAAGUUUUGUGACAAAAUUUAUCGAAGUCGUAUGGAGUUUUUAGCUCAUGCAAAAUCACAUACGGGAGGUGAACGACCUUUUAAGUGUGAUGCAUGUGACCAAUCAUUUUCCCAACAAUCUACGCUAAUUGACCAUCAACGUACCCACACCGGUGAUAGACGGUUUGCUUGUGAAUUUUGUAAUAAAUUGUUUAGCCAAAGGUCAAAUUUAAAAAAUCAUGAAAAAGUGCAUACCGGAGAAAGACCAUUUAAAUGUAACAUUUGUGAUCGUGAUUUCACCCGAAAAUCUCAUUUGCAACAACAUUACGCCAUUCAUACGGGAGAAAAACCGUUCAAAUGUAGUUAUUGCGAUAAAAGAUGCUCCCAAAAAUCUGAUAUGAAAAAACAUGAAAGAAUUCACACAGGUGAAAAGGCGUAUAAAUGCGAUUAUUGUGAUAAAUCAUUUUUACGGAGGGAUGAAUUAAAACGUCAUGAAACGACUCAUAACGGAGAAAGAUCAUUUCAAUGUUCUGUAUGUGAUCAAAGCUUUUGGGAAAAAUCAGCGCUUAAAAAACAUGAACAAACUCAUGCUGAAUCUCAUGUGUGUGAAGUGUGUAGCAAGUCAUUCUCCAACGCAGAAAAGUUACAAAAACAUUUUGAAACCCAUUAUAAAAUCUUUCAAUGUGGAAUUUGUUUAAAAACAUUUAGCAAACAAGGCAAUUUAGACACACAUGAAAAACUUCAUCAAAAAGAUACGGGUAGUCCGGAUGCGGGAGUAUUUAAAUGUCGUUUCUGCGACAAAGUCCUUACACGAGCAUCCCAUUUACGCGAACAUGAAAAUCGUCACACAGGAUCGAAGCAAUUUACCUGCUCGGUUUGUGAAAAAGUAUUUUUCCGUAAAUCACAUUUGGUUGAACAUGAACGUCGCCAUGUUGGUAAGGAGCCGUAUCAAUGUGAUAUGUGUAAUCGGAAGUUUUUACAAAAGUCUGAGUUGACGAAACAUAUAGCGACAGAACAUCUUGAAGAUCGUGAAACUUUUCAAUGUUCGAUUUGUCAAAUGGAUUUUUUCGAUAAAACUGCGUUGGAUGAACACAUUGAAAUGCAUAAUGCAGAUAUGGUGGAUGCAGGCAUUAGUUUCUUUGAAACUGGUAUGCAUUUCAUGGGAUUUUAAAUGUUACUCUCAAUUUUCAACAAGAUAAAAUGUAGAUUUUAACUCAAUAUAUUUCUGAAAGUACACAACUCGAAGUUGAAAUAUUUAAGUGAGAACUAGAAACUAUUUAAUCAAGAUAUUGGCAUCGUAAAUUGAGAUAUUUGACGUCAUGAGUAAGAUAUUAAAAUCAUAAACCAAGAUAUUAACAUCGUAUGUAACAAAAUUGUUAAUUUAAAAAAUAAAAACUAAAAUGAAGCAUUUCGAUGAAAAAUAAAAAAAUCGUUCGAAUAUUACACAUUCUACAUGAUAAUUCUAAAAUAAAUUUAAAGCCAUAAAAUCUCAAAUGCUUCCAGAAUAAACAGGUCACGAUAAUUGAAAAAGGCAAAAGAAUACUCGAAGUAUGAAAAAAUGAUAAAAAUCAUGUGACUUUCGUGCACCAUUCCGUUGUUUCUUCACUAAUGUAUCAGCUUCGAAAAAAUAAAAUUAAGCCGUAUAAAAUGCAAUAAUUGAAAAGAAGAUUAAGGGCCAAGUAACUUGCUCAACGUAUUUUCUCCAAACUGGAUUGAAACAAGCCGCUAUAUAUUUACUGCUCUAUUAUUUAAAGCAGUAAAAUUUUAAACUACAAACAAUUUCGAAAGAUUAUUAAGAAUAUGGCAUUGAAUAGAAGAUCAAAUAAAGACAGCCAUGGCGGUCCUCUCACUUUUUUUCAAGCGACAAAAAUUUUUUUUUCCUAUUUUUUUUUAUUGGAAAUAAAAAACUAAAUUAUUGUUUACAAAUCGAAAAUUUCGAGUUUAAGAAACUAGAUAGUAUUCUAAAAUAUUUAAUUAUGUUAAAGUAAUUAAUUAAAUCGGUUCAGGAAAUUGAUAUUAUAGUUAAGCUUUUUAAGAAGCAAUUAAUUUUAUGUUAUUGUAUCGAAACAUUUAUACAGGGUGUCAUGAUUCUAUUAAAAUAAGGAAAUUUUAAUUAUAAUCUUCAAAAAGUUUCUAAUAUUAUCGAAAAAUCUCGUACUAAAAGUAAAUUUGUCAGGCAGCCCAGUUAAUAAAACGUUCAAUGCCAUAAGGCCAUAAGAAAAAUGAGUCAUUAAUAUUAAAAUAGCUUCCUUAUAUCAAAUUCGAAGUCAAUAGAUUUUUAACGCAAUACGUUUAAUGUUUCUUGCCAAAUAGUAAUAUUCAUAUUUUGACUAAAAAAUUAGAUGUCAUUUCUUAUGUGCAAGAAUUC